CUCACAUCGCUUCCAAAGGGCUAGGCCAGCCUGCUGCGUGAUCUUAGUCUGCAGGGAUUGGGGCCUUGCUCCCCGUUACACUGCAAACAUCUUUCUUUCAGCACUGGCAGCAGCCUGAUGCCUCAGAAGAAGAACCCUGAUAGCCUGGAACUGAUCCGCAGCAAGGCUGGACGUGUCUUUGGACGGCUGGCUUCAAUUCUCAUGGUUCUCAAAGGACUCCCAAGCACCUACAACAAGGACCUGCAGGAGGACAAGGAGGCUGUCUUUGAUGUUGUGGACACCCUGACUGCUGUGCUCCAGGUUGCCACUGGGGUGAUCUCUACCCUCCAGAUCAGCAAGGAGAACAUGGAGAAGGCUCUGACCCCUGAGAUGCUGUCUACUGACCUGGCUCUCUACUUGGUUCGCAAAGGAAUGCCAUUCAGACAAGCCCACACUGCUUCGGGGAAGGCCGUCCACCUUGCUGAGAGCAAAGGCAUUGCCCUCAAUAAUCUCACCCUGGAGGACUUGAAGAGCAUCAGGUUUGUAUCACUAUCACUUUGCCUUUUGAGGGGAGAUAUGGCAGAUAUCAGCCUGGCUUGUAUAGGCUUUCUUAUGAAAAGAAUUAACUUAGAUCUCUGGUUUACGACAAUCUGCUCCUGUCCAGCACUAGAAGAGCACAG